AUGCAGAGGGACAACCUGACCUGGGUGAGUGAGUUCAUCCUCACAGGCCUCUCCAAGGACAAGCAGAUGCAGGCGGGCCUCUUUGUCCUCUUUGGGGCCGCCUACCUGCUGACCCUUGUGGGCAACGGCCUCAUCGUCCUCCUCAUCGCAGUGGAUGCCCGCCUGCACCUGCCUAUGUACUUCUUCCUCGGCCACCUGUCGCUGGUGGACAUCUGCUACACUUCCAGCGGGGUACCCCAGAUGCUGGCCCACUUCCUGCUGGACCAGAAGACCAUCUCCUUCCGCCGCUGUGGGAUCCAGCUCUUCUUCUCACUGGGGCUGGGGGGCACCGAGUUCCUGCUGCUGGCGGCCAUGGCUUAUGACCGCUACGUGGCCGUGUGCGACCCCCUGCACUAUGUGGUGACCUUGACCCCCGGGCGCUGUGCAGCUCUGGCAGGGGCAUCCUGGUCAGUGGGCCUGGCCAAUUCCGCCGUGGAGACGUGGGUCACCAUGCGGCUGCCCACCUGUGGGCGCAGGGUGUUGAACCACGUGGCCUGCGAGACGCUGGCGCUGGUACGGCUGGCCUGCGUGGACAUCAGCCUCAACCAGGUUGUGAUCGUGGUGUCCAGUGUGGUGGUGCUGCUGGUGCCCUGUGGCAUGGUGGCACUGUCUUAUGCCCACAUUGUGGCGGCCAUACUGCGCAUCCGCUCCCGCGGGGGCCGCCGCAAAGCCUUUGGCACCUGCGCCUCGCACCUGGUGGUGGUGUCCAUGGCGUACGGGAUGGCGCUAGUCACCUACCUGCAGCCGCGAGCCACCGCCUCGGCCGAGCAGGACAAGGUGGUGGUGCUCUUCUAUGCCGUGGUCACCCCCAUGCUGAACCCCCUCAUCUACAGCCUGCGGAACAAGGACAUGAAGGCAGCCCUGACCCGCCUGCUGGGGAGCAGCCCUGGCCCCUGA